AUGCUAAGGAGGCCCCCGGCCGCGGGCACCGAGCCGGCGGCGGGCACCGCCACCCAGCCGCCGGGCACCGCCACCCAGCCGGCGCACUUGGAGGAGGAGGAGGAGCGGGAGGCCAACGGGGAGGCCGAGGUGGCGGCCCUGCUGGGCACCGCCGUGUUCCCCAGCCGCCGGGCCGCCCAGCGAGGCCUGCGCCAGUGCCUGCCAUUAAUCCCAGAAGCCGAGGCCGUCCUGGACCUGGUGGACCGCUGCCCGGAGGCUGGCCAGAAGGGCCGUUUUCCUGUCAUAGUUAUCGAAGGACUGGAUGCCACAGGCAAAACAACAGUCACUCAGUCUGUUUCGGAGGCACUGAACGCAGUUCUCUUGAAGACACCGCCGCCUUGUAUGGACAAGUGGAGGAAGGUCUUCGACAAGGAACCGACGAUCAUCAAAAGAGCGUUUUAUUCUCUGGGCAACUAUAUUGUGGCUUCCGAAAUAGCUAGAGCUUCCACACACUCUCCUGUGAUUAUAGACAGGUACUGGCACAGCACAGCUGCGUUCGCCAUAGCCACCGAGGUCAGCGGAGGACUCCAGAACCUUCCCCCGGCUCACCAUGACGUGUACCAGUGGCCGCGGGACUUGCUGAAGCCCGAUCUCGUGCUGUUGCUUACGUUGACUCCCGAGGAGAGGGUUCGGCGAAUCCAGGGGCGAGGAAUAGAAAAGACAGAGGAAGAAAUGGAGCUGGAGGCCAACGCCUUGUUCCGCCAAAAGGUGGAAAUGUCUUACCAGAGGAUGGAACACCCUGGAUGCCAGAUAGUCGAUGCCAGCCCCUCCAGGGAAAAAGUUCUGGAAAACGUUCUACACUUAAUUAAGGGCCACUAUGAGUCAAUGUAGUGUUCUUGGCAUGUCCCCAGUUGGAAUGGAUUUGCUUCGUGCUGAUAAUUAGUCUGGCCAGACUGCUUUUCUACGUUGGUUUGUUGGGCAUUAAUUGCAGCAGAAAAUGAAUAAAAGAAAGCACUUUUUGUAAUCAUUCCCAC